AUGUUCGCGCUCCUCCUGCCUCACGGCUGGUCAGCCGCGUCUACCGGCGUGCCGAAAAUGGCGCGGCGGCGCUCUCCGUUCAUGGACACCGCCGUCGCGACGAGCGACUCAAGCGUGGCCGGUGGCACAAGUCCAGCGAGACCGGCCGCCAGGGGUGACGCCACAAGUGCCACCAGCUUCGCCGCGACGAGCAAAGUCGUCUCCACGAGCCGCCGAGCCGAUACCGAUGCCGUCGCCGCGCUGGCCGCUGUCGCAGCCUCCGAGCUCGAGGCUGCGAUACGAGCGGCGCGUGCGGACCAGCAAAAGACUUCGUGGCAGGAGCACCGCCCGAGCCGGAUGCGCCCCGCGGUGAUCGUCGAACAGGAGGCACACAAGCGCGUCGUCGACACCAUGGCCAAGGGCAAAACCGCCCUCACCAGCACGAGCACCGCGCUGCGCGCAAAGGCAACCGAGGCGGCCGAGGCGCUGGCGGCGCGUGAAACUAGAUAUGCCAAGCGCGCGACGCAGCGACGUCCCGUGCGCAAACCGCAGAGGAGGCUGCGGCGGCGGCGGCAGCCGCAGCGGAGCGGGCGGCGGCAGAGAGGGAGGCGGCACGAGAGGCGGCAAGAGCCGAGGCGGCGCGCUCCGUCAGGCUGCGCUCGGCACGCGACGAGGCCGAGACGAGGGCGGUUGCGGCCGCUGCAGCGCUGCAGCGGAGCGAGACGGCGAGGG